GAUCGAGAAAGACGGAGGAAAGAAGGAGAAAAAGAGAAAUAGGUUUCUGAGAUGGAUAAAAGGCCGCAAAGGUCCGGCUGAGAGAGAGGAGCCGGUUACACAAACACCUCUUGUGACCGCUGACAGAAGCAGAAAUGAUGUUGAGUAGAGAAGAAAAAGAGUAGAGAAGAAAAGAGUGGAGAAGAAAAGAGUCAGAACAGAUCAGUCAGAUGUUGGCGGAAGAGAUGUGUUUUCAGGCGUUUCUUAAAGAUGGCUACAGAAUCUGCAGAUCUUGUAGCAGCGGGCAGAUCAUUCCACAUAGGUGGAACAGAUCCGGAGAAGGACGUCAUCAUACUGUAAAGUUUCAGCCAAGGUCAAUCGAAGAAAUCAACCGCUUGCUGUAUAAGAUUGGGAAGAAGCUGUGCGACGGAUCAGCUGGUUCAAUCUAUAAAGCCAGACAAAUUCACAACCGCCAGAAGGUGGCAGUGAAAUAUGUCGACAAGAACAACACAGAUUACAUCAGCAUCCCGGGUUAUGCUAAACCCAUUCCUCGAGAGAUCGCUCUUCUGAUUCUUGCCAAUGAGGGAGAUAAUGUUCCAGAGAUUGUUCAGCUUCUGGAGUGGCAGGACUUUGAGAAGCAUUACAUCAUGGUCCUGGACGUCUUCCCUCCUUGCAAAACUUUGAGUGACUUCCUCUUGGAUGCAGGGAAUCAAAUCACAGAGAAGACAGCGAAAUCUAUCAUACGGCAGGCGACCAAGGCUGCGUACAUGUGUUACAAACGGGGAGUUUUCCACCGAGAUAUAAAACUGGAAAACUUCCUCAUCAACACAGACACCCUAGAUAUCAAACUCAUCAACUUUGAGUGCGGUGAUUUAUAUAAGAAUACGGCCUACAGGGACUUCAUUGGCACAGAGGAUUACUUCUGCCCAGAAUAUUUUAAAACGGGCAAGUACCACGCUAAGUCCACGACAGUGUACUCACUGGGUGUCCUGUUGUUCACCUUGUUGUGCCGGAGAUUCCCAGACUCUGAUGACAAGAACCAGAUGAAGAACAAGAUCUGGUCUAUACAUGGCUUCUCUAAAGAAUGCGGCAGUUUAAUUGGAGCCUGUCUGCAGGAGAACCCAAAAAAACGCAUUCUUCUGGAAAAGAUCCACGACCACGCUUGGUUACAGGACGAAAAUCAGACAGACGACCAGCAGAAUAUCAUUCAGAAUCCAGCCAAUAAUGAAUCCGUUAAUAGACUUUUCAAAGAAGAGAUUCCACUCCCGCUUGCCAAAGACAGUCCGAGGAGAAGAAAGAGAGUGAAGUUGAAGCUCCCCACAGAUAGUCGAGCAUCAGGAGGAGGGAUUCCACCUUCGCUCUCCACAGGCAGUCAGUCUAAAGAGAAGAUGGAGGAUGAAAAGCAAAAGAAUUGGUUAUCCAAAAAAAACUACAACAGGCUGUAUAAGAUUGGGAAGAAGCUGUGCGACGGAGCAGCUGGUUCAAUCUAUGAAGGCAGACAUACUCUCAAUGGCCGGAAGGUGGCAGUGAAAUAUGUCGACAAGAACAACACAGAUUACAUCAGCAUCCCGGGUUAUGCUAAACCCAUUCCUCGAGAGAUCGCUCUUCUGAUUCUUGCCAAUGAGGGAGAUAAUGUUCCAGAGAUUGUUCAGCUUCUGGAGUGGCAGGACUUUGAGAAGCAUUACAUCAUGGUCCUGGACGUCUUCCCUCCUUGCAAAACUUUGAGUGACUUCCUCUUGGAUGCAGGGAAUCAAAUCACAGAGAAGACAGCGAAAUCUAUCAUACGGCAGGCGACCAAGGCUGCGUACAUGUGUUACAAACGGGGAGUUUUCCACCGAGAUAUAAAACUGGAAAACUUCCUCAUCAACACAGACACCCUAGAUAUCAAACUCAUCAACUUUGAGUGCGGUGAUUUAUAUAAGAAUACGGCCUACAGGGACUUCAUUGGCACAGAGGAUUACUUCUGCCCAGAAUAUUUUAAAACGGGCAAGUACCACGCUAAGUCCACGACAGUGUACUCACUGGGUGUCCUGUUGUUCACCUUGUUGUGCCGGAGAUUCCCAGACUCUGAUGACAAGAACCAGAUGAAGAACAAGAUCUGGUCUAUACAUGGCUUCUCUAAAGAAUGCUGCAGUUUAAUUGGAGCCUGUCUGCAGGAGAACCCAAAAGAACGCAUUCUUCUGGGAAAGAUCCACGACCACGCUUGGUUACAGGACGAAGAUCAGACAGACAAACAGCAGAAUAUCAUUCAGGAUCCAGCCAAUAAUGAAUCAGUUAAUAGACUUUUCAAAGAAGAGAUUCCACUCCCGCUUGCCCAAGACAGUCCGAGGAGAAGAAAGAUAGUGAAGUUGAAGCUCCCCACAGACAGGCGAGCAUCAGGAGGAGAGAUUCCACUCGCGCUCGUAACAGACAGCCAAUUAUCAGAAGGAGAAAUUCCGCUCGUAACAGACAGCCAAUUUUCAGAAGGAUCGAUUCCGCUCAUAACAGACAGCCAAUUAUCAGAAGGAGAGAUUCUGCUUGUCACAGUCAGUCGAGCAUCAGGAGGAGAGAUUCUGCUCGUCACAGACAGCCAAUUAUCAGAAGGGGAGAUUCCGAAUUGGCUCGUAACAGAGAGCCAAUUAUCAGAAGGGGAGAUUCCGAAUUGGCUCGUAACACAGAGCCAAUUAUCAGAAGGGGAGAUUCCGAAUUGGCUCGUAACACAGAGCCAAUUAUCAGAAGGAGAGAUUCGGCUCGUAACAGACAGCCAAUUAUCAGAAGGAGAGAUUCCGCUCGCAACUGACAGCCAAUUAUUAGAAGAAUGGAUUCUGCUUGCAACAGACAGCCAAUUAUCAGAAGGGGAGAUUCCGCUCAUAACAGACAGCCAAUUAUCAGAAGGGGAGAUUCCGAAUUGGCUCGUAACAGAGAGCCAAUUAUCAGAAGGAGAGAUUCGGCUCGUAACAGACAGCCAAUUAUCAGAAGGAGAGAUUCCGCUCGCAACUGACAGCCAAUUAUUAGAAGAAUGGAUUCUGCUUGCAACAGACAGCCAAUUAUCAGAAGGGGAGAUUCCGCUCAUAACAGACAGCCAAUUAUCAGAAGGGGAGAUUCCGAAUUGGCUCGUAACAGAGAGCCAAUUAUCAGAAGGAGAGAUUCGGCUCGUAACAGACAGCCAAUUAUCAGAAGAAGAGAUUCCGCUCGCAACUGACAGCCAAUUAUUAGAAGAAUGGAUUCUGCUUGCAACAGACAGCCAAUUAUCAGAAGGAGAGAUUCGGCUCGUAACAGACAGCCAAUUAUCAGAAGGAGAGAUUCCGCUCGCAACUGACAGCCAAUUAUUAGAAGAAUGGAUUCUGCUUGCAACAGACAGCCAAUUAUCAGAAGGGGAGAUUCCGCUCAUAACAGACAGCCAAUUAUCAGAAGGGGAGAUUCCGAAUUGGCUCGUAACAGAGAGCCAAUUAUCAGAAGGAGAGAUUCGGCUCGUAACAGACAGCCAAUUAUCAGAAGGGGAGAUUCCGAAUUGGCUCGUAACAGACAGCCAAUUAUCAGAAGGAGAGAUUCGGCUCGUAACAGAGAGCCAAUUAUCAGAAGGGGAGAUUCCGAAUUGGCUCGUAACAGACAGCCAAUUAUCAGAAGGAGAGAUUCCGCUCGCAACUGACAGCCAAUUAUUAGAAGAAUGGAUUCUGCUUGCAACAGACAGCCAAUUAUCAGAAGGAGAGAUUCCGCUCAUAACAGACAGCCAAUUGUCAGAAGGAGAGAUUCCGCUCAUAACAGACAGCCAAUUAUCAGAAGGAGAGAUUCGGCUCAUAACAGACAGCCAAUUAUCAGAAGGAGAGAUUCGGCUCGUCACAGGCAGACCGAGGAGUAGAAGGAGAAUGAGGUUGAUGCAUGCCACAGAUUCCACUCGCACUCGCCACUGACAGUCGAGCAGCGUUGGGUAUCAGUGCACCACACUGAAUCUCCCAGUGCUCGCUGCCGGAUACAUGGUGCCUCGGGUUUGAGUGCGCCUGCAAGCCGCACCCGCCCUCAGUGCCGUGUUUCCCGGAAGUGCAUGAGGAACUCAGUAAGACCUGGAAACAUCCCCUAUUUCGGCGCAUGCCAUCAAACUUGUUCCUUUGCCCUUUCUUCCCUUGAUGGUUGGGCAGCGAGAGGAUUCCGUCUCGGUGCACCACAGACAGCCGACCAUCAGGAAGAGAUAUUCGAUACCAUGUAUCGGAAAUGGUGAUGAUAAUGAGAUGUCCCUUGCACCAUUGAGGGGUCUUUACUGGCAUCUGACUCCAACGAUUCCUUGCAGCUCCCUCCUCCAGGGGGUCGAGCUCAGGAAGAAGCGGAUGUCGAAAUGUCAUUCAUGCUUUUCCUGGCAUGCUUUCUCUUACUCUCCCACUGCUCGAUGGCGGAUACAUGGUUCCUCGGGUUUGAGCGCUCCUGCAAGCCGCGCCCGCCCUCAGUGCCAUGCUUCCCGGUGGUGUAUGAGGAACUCAGUAAGACCCGGAAACACCCCCUUUUUUCUGCGCGUGCCAUCAAACUUGUUCUGUUGCCCUUUCUUCCCUCCAUGGUUGGGCAGCUAGCGGAUACGUCGAUGUCCCCCAGGUGGAACAUGCCGUCUCGGUGCACCACGGACAGCCGAGCAUCAGGAGGAGAUAGUCGAUACCACGUAUCGGAAAUGGUGAUGAUAAUGAGAUGUCCCUGGCAGCAUCGGGGGGGUGACCUACUGGCAUCUGACUCCAACGAUUCCUUGCAGCUCCCUCCUCCAGGGGGUCGAGCUCAGGAAGAAGCGGAUGUUGAAAUGUCAGCCAUUCUUAACUGUGCUGCGCGAGCGUUGGGUUGCAGUGCACCGCUCUGACUCUCCCAGUGCUCGCUGCCGGAUACAUGGUGCCUCGGGUUUGAGCGCGCCUGCAAGCCGAGCCCGCACUCAGUGCCGUGUUUCCAGGAAGUGCAUAAGGAGCUCAGAAAUACCUGGAAACGCCCCCUUUUCCUUAGCGUGCCGUCAAACUAGUUCCUUUGUCCUUUCUUCCCUUUAUGGUGGGGCAGCUAGAGGAUUCGUCGAUGUCCCCCAGGUGGAACAUGCCGUCUCGGUGCACCACAGACAGCCGAGCAUCGGGAGGAGAGAUUCGAUACCACGUAUCGGAAAUGGUGAUGAUAAUGAGAUGUCCCUGUCAGCAUCGGGGGGUGACCUACUGGCAUCUGACUCCAACGAUUCCUUGCAGCUCCCUCCUCCAGGGGGUCGAGCUCAGGAAGAAGCGGAUGUCGAAAUGUCAUUCAUGCUUUUCCUGGCAUGCUUUCUCUUACUCUCCCACUGCUCGAUGGCGGAUACAUGGUUCCUCGGGUUUGAGCGCUCCUGCAAGCCGCGCCCGCCCUCAGUGCCAUGCUUCCCGGUGGUGUAUGAGGAACUCAGUAAGACCUGAAAACCCCCCCUUUUUUCUGCGCGUGCCAUCAAACUUGUUCUGUUGCCCUUUCUUCCCUCCAUGGUGGGGCAGCUAGCGGAUACGUCGAUGUCCCCCAGGUGGAACAUGCCGUCUCGGUGCACCACGGACAGCCGAGCGUCAGGAGGAGAUAGUCGAUACCACGUAUCAGAAAUGGUGAUGAUAAUGAGAUGUCCCUGGCAGCAUCGGGGGGUGACCUACUGGCAUCUGACUCCAACGAUUCCUUGCAGCUCCCUCCUCCAGGGGGUCGAGCUCAGGAAGAAGCGGAUGUUGAAAUGUCAGCCAUUCUUAACUGUGCUGCGGGAGCGUUGGGUUGCAGUGCACCGCUCUGACUCUCCCAGUGCUCGCUGCCGGAUACAUGGUGCCUCGGGUUUGAGCGUGCAUGCAAGCCGAGCCCGCACUCAGUGCCGUGUUUCCAGGAAGUGCAUAAGGAGCUCAGAAAUACCUGGAAACGCCCCCUUUUCCUUAGCGUGCCGUCAAACUAGUUCCUUUGUCCUUUCUUCCCUUUAUGGUGGGGCAGCUAGAGGAUUCGUCGAUGUCCCCCAGGUGGAACAUGCCGCCUCGGUGCACCACAGACAGCCGAGAAUCGGGAGGAGAGAUUCGAUACCACGUAUCGGAAAUGGUGAUGAUAAUGAGAUGUCCCUGGCAGCAUCGGGGGGUGACCUACUGGCAUCUGACUCCAACGAUUCCUUGCAGCUCCCUCCUCCAGGGGGUCGAGCUCAGGAAGAAGCGGAUGUCGAAAUGUCAUUCAUGCUUUUCCUGGCAUGCUUUCUCUUACUCUCCCACUGCUCGAUGGCGGAUACAUGGUUCCUUGGGUUUGAGCGCUCCUGCAAGCCGCGCCCGCCCUCAGUGCCAUGCUUCCCGGUGGUGUAUGAGGAACUCAGUAAGACCUGAAAACCCCCCCUUUUUUCGCCGCGUGCCAUCAAACUUGUUCUGUUGCCCUUUCUUCCCUCGAUGGUGGGGCAGCUAGCGGAUACGUCGAUGUCCCCCAGGUGGAACAUGCUGUCUCGGUGCACCACGGACAGCCGAGCAUCAGGAGGAGAUAGUCGAUACCACGUAUCGGAAAUGGUGAUGAUAAUGAGAUGUCCCUGGCAGCAUCGGGGGGUGACCUACUGGCAUCUGACUCCAACGAUUCCUUGCAGCUCCCUCCUCCAGGGGGUCGAGCUCAGGAAGAAGCGGAUGUUGAAAUGUCAGCCAUUCUUAAAUGUGCUCGCGAGCGUUGGGUUGCAGUGCACCUCUCUGACUCUCCCAGUGCUCGCUGCCGGAUACAUGGUGCCUCGGGUUUGAGCGCGCCUGCAAGCCGAGCCCGCACUCAGUGCCGUGUUUCCAGGAAGUGCAUAAGGAGCUCAGAAAUACCUGGAAACGCCCCCUUUUCCUUAGCGUGCCGUCGAACUAGUUCCUUUGUCCUUUCUUCCCUUUAUGGUGGGGCAGCUAGAGGAUUCGUCGAUGUCCCCCAGGUGGAACAUGCCGUCUCGGUGCACCACAGACAGCCGAGAAUCGGGAGGAGAGAUUCGAUACCACGUAUCGGAAAUGGUGAUGAUAAUGAGAUGUCCCUGGCAGCAUCGGGGGGUGACCUACUGGCAUCUGACUCCAACGAUUCCUUGCAGCUCCCUCCUCCAGGGGGUCGAGCUCAGGAAGAAGCGGAUGUAGAAAUGUCAUUCAUGCUUUUCCUGGCAUGCUUUCUCUCACUCUCCCACUGCUCGAUGGCGGAUACAUGGUUCCUUGGGCUUGAGCGCUCCUGCAAGCCGCGCCCGCCCUCAGUGCCAUGCUUCCCGGUGGUGUAUGAGGAACUCAGUAAGACCUGAAAACCCCCCCUUUUUUCGCCGCGUGCCAUCAAACUUGUUCUGUUGCCCUUUCUUCCCUCGAUGGUGGGGCAGCUAGCGGAUACGUCGAUGUCCCCCAGGUGGAACAUGCUGUCUCGGUGCACCACGGACAGCCGAGCAUCAGGAGGAGAUAGUCGAUACCACGUAUCGGAAAUGGUGAUGAUAAUGAGAUGUCCCUGGCAGCAUCGGGGGGUGACCUACUGGCAUCUGACUCCAACGAUUCCUUGCAGCUCCCUCCUCCAGGGGGUCGAGCUCAGGAAGAAGCGGAUGUUGAAAUGUCAGCCAUUCUUAACUGUGCUGCGGGAGCGUUGGGUUGCAGUGCACCGCUCUGACUCUCCCAGUGCUCGCUGCCGGAUACAUGGUGCCUCGGGUUUGAGCGUGCAUGCAAGCCGAGCCCGCACUCAGUGCCGUGUUUCCAGGAAGUGCAUAAGGAGCUCAGAAAUACCUGGAAACGCCCCCUUUUCCUUAGCGUGCCGUCAAACUAGUUCCUUUGUCCUUUCUUCCCUUUAUGGUGGGGCAGCUAGAGGAUUCGUCGAUGUCCCCCAGGUGGAACAUGCCGCCUCGGUGCACCACAGACAGCCGAGAAUCGGGAGGAGAGAUUCGAUACCACGUAUCGGAAAUGGUGAUGAUAAUGAGAUGUCCCUGGCAGCAUCGGGGGGUGACCUACUGGCAUCUGACUCCAACGAUUCCUUGCAGCUCCCUCCUCCAGGGGGUCGAGCUCAGGAAGAAGCGGAUGUCGAAAUGUCAUUCAUGCUUUUCCUGGCAUGCUUUCUCUUACUCUCCCACUGCUCGAUGGCGGAUACAUGGUUCCUUGGGUUUGAGCGCUCCUGCAAGCCGCGCCCGCCCUCAGUGCCAUGCUUCCCGGUGGUGUAUGAGGAACUCAGUAAGACCUGAAAACCCCCCCUUUUUUCGCCGCGUGCCAUCAAACUUGUUCUGUUGCCCUUUCUUCCCUCGAUGGUGGGGCAGCUAGCGGAUACGUCGAUGUCCCCCAGGUGGAACAUGCUGUCUCGGUGCACCACGGACAGCCGAGCAUCAGGAGGAGAUAGUCGAUACCACGUAUCGGAAAUGGUGAUGAUAAUGAGAUGUCCCUGGCAGCAUCGGGGGGUGACCUACUGGCAUCUGACUCCAACGAUUCCUUGCAGCUCCCUCCUCCAGGGGGUCGAGCUCAGGAAGAAGCGGAUGUUGAAAUGUCAGCCAUUCUUAAAUGUGCUCGCGAGCGUUGGGUUGCAGUGCACCUCUCUGACUCUCCCAGUGCUCGCUGCCGGAUACAUGGUGCCUCGGGUUUGAGCGCGCCUGCAAGCCGAGCCCGCACUCAGUGCCGUGUUUCCAGGAAGUGCAUAAGGAGCUCAGAAAUACCUGGAAACGCCCCCUUUUCCUUAGCGUGCCGUCGAACUAGUUCCUUUGUCCUUUCUUCCCUUUAUGGUGGGGCAGCUAGAGGAUUCGUCGAUGUCCCCCAGGUGGAACAUGCCGUCUCGGUGCACCACAGACAGCCGAGAAUCGGGAGGAGAGAUUCGAUACCACGUAUCGGAAAUGGUGAUGAUAAUGAGAUGUCCCUGGCAGCAUCGGGGGGUGACCUACUGGCAUCUGACUCCAACGAUUCCUUGCAGCUCCCUCCUCCAGGGGGUCGAGCUCAGGAAGAAGCGGAUGUAGAAAUGUCAUUCAUGCUUUUCCUGGCAUGCUUUCUCUCACUCUCCCACUGCUCGAUGGCGGAUACAUGGUUCCUUGGGCUUGAGCGCUCCUGCAAGCCGCGCCCGCCCUCAGUGCCAUGCUUCCCGGUGGUGUAUGAGGAACUCAGUAAGACCUGAAAACCCCCCCUUUUUUCGCCGCGUGCCAUCAAACUUGUUCUGUUGCCCUUUCUUCCCUCGAUGGUGGGGCAGCUAGCGGAUACGUCGAUGUCCCCCAGGUGGAACAUGCUGUCUCGGUGCACCACGGACAGCCGAGCAUCAGGAGGAGAUAGUCGAUACCACGUAUCGGAAAUGGUGAUGAUAAUGAGAUGUCCCUGGCAGCAUCGGGGGGUGACCUACUGGCAUCUGACUCCAACGAUUCCUUGCAGCUCCCUCCUCCAGGGGGUCGAGCUCAGGAAGAAGCGGAUGUUGAAAUGUCAGCCAUUCUUAACUGUGCUGCGCGAGCGUUGGGUUGCAGUGCACCGCUCUGACUCUCCCAGUGCUCGCUGCCGGAUACAUGGUGCCUCGGGUUUGAGCGCGCCUGCAAGCCGAGCCCGCACUCAGUGCCGUGUUUCCAGGAAGUGCAUAAGGAGCUCAGAAAUACCUGGAAACGCCCCCUUUUCCUUAGCGUGCCGUCAAACUAGUUCCUUUGUCCUUUCUUCCCUUUAUGGUGGGGCAGCUAGAGGAUUCGUCGAUGUCCCCCAGGUGGAACAUGCCGUCUCGGUGCACCACAGACAGCCGAGAAUCGGGAGGAGAGAUUCGAUACCACGUAUCGGAAAUGGUGAUGAUAAUGAGAUGUCCCUGGCAGCAUCGGGGGGUGACCUACUGGCAUCUGACUCCAACGAUUCCUUGCAGCUCCCUCCUCCAGGGGGUCGAGCUCAGGAAGAAGCGGAUGUAGAAAUGUCAUUCAUGCUUUUCCUGGCAUGCUUUCUCUUACUCUCCCACUGCUCGAUGGCGGAUACAUGGUUCCUUGGGCUUGAGCGCUCCUGCAAGCCGCGCCCGCCCUCAGUGCCAUGCUUCCCGGUGGUGUAUGAGGAACUCAGUAAGACCUGAAAACCCCCCCUUUUUUCGCCGCGUGCCAUCAAACUUGUUCUGUUGCCCUUUCUUCCCUCGAUGGUGGGGCAGCUAGCGGAUACGUCGAUGUCCCCCAGGUGGAACAUGCUGUCUCGGUGCACCACGGACAGCCGAGCAUCAGGAGGAGAUAGUCGAUACCACGUAUCGGAAAUGGUGAUGAUAAUGAGAUGUCCCUGGCAGCAUCGGGGGGUGACCUACUGGCAUCUGACUCCAACGAUUCCUUGCAGCUCCCUCCUCCAGGGGGUCGAGCUCAGGAAGAAGCGGAUGUUGAAAUGUCAGCCAUUCUUAACUGUGCUGCGCGAGCGUUGGGUUGCAGUGCACCGCUCUGACUCUCCCAGUGCUCGCUGCCGGAUACAUGGUGCCUCGGGUUUGAGCGCGCCUGCAAGCCGAGCCCGCACUCAGUGCCGUGUUUCCAGGAAGUGCAUAAGGAGCUCAGUAAUACCUGGAAACGCCCCCUUUUCCUUAGCGUGCCGUCAAACAAGUUCCUUUGUCCUUUCUUCCCUUUAUGGUGGGGCAGCUAGAGGAUUCGUCGAUGUCCCCCAGGUGGAACAUGCCGUCUCGGUGCACCACAGACAGCCGAGCAUCGGGAGGAGAGAUUCGAAACCACGUAUCGGAAAUGGUGAUGAUAAUGAGAUGUCCCUGGCAGCAUCGGGGGGUGACCUACUGGGAUCUGACUCCAACGAUUCCUUGCAGCUCCCUCCUCCAGGUGGUCGAGCUCAGGAAGAAGCGGAUGUCGAAAUGUCAUUCAUGCUUUUACUGGCAUGCUUUCUCUUACUCUCCCACUUCUCGAUGGCGGAUACAUAUUUCCUCGGGUUUGAGCGCGCCUGCAAGCCGCACCCGCCCUCAGUGCCGUGUUUCCCGGUGGUGCAUGAGGAACUCAGUAAGACCUGAAAACACCCUCUUUUUCGCCGCGUGCCAUCAAACUUGUUCUGUUGCCCUUUCUUCCCUCCAUGGUGGGGCAGCUAACGGAUACGUCGAUGUCCCCCAGGUGGAACAUGCCGUCUCGGUGCAGCACGGACAGCCGAGCGUCAGGAGGAGAUAGUCGAUACCACGUAUCAGAAUUGGUGAUGAUAAUGAGAUGUCCCUUGCACCUUCGGGAGGACUUUACUGGCAUCUGACUCCAACGAUUCCUUGCAGCUCCCUCCUCCAGGGGGUCGAGCGGAUGUCGAAACGUCAGCCAUUCUUAACUGUGCUGCGCGAGCGUCGGGUUGCAGUGCUCCGUUCUUACUCUCCCAGUGCUCGCUGCCGGAUACAUGGGGCCUCGGGUUUGAGCGCCCGCCCUCAGCGCCGUGUUUCCCGGGAGUGGAGGCGCGUGCCGUCAAACUCGUUCCGUUGCCCUUUCUUUCCUUGAUGGUGGGGCAGCUACUUGUCCCCACCGCUGCCUAUUUCUCUGCAUCAGAACUUCGUAGAGACACAGGGGUUGGUUCGUUUCACUCAUAUCUUAGAGCAGGGUUUCUCAAAUCUUACCCUGGAGGUCCGGAGCACUGCAGAGUUUAGCUCCAACCCUGAUCAAACACACCUGAGCAAGCUAAUCAAGUUGUUCAGUAUCACUAGAAAAUCACAGGUAUGCAAGUUUGAUCAGGGUUGGAGCUAAACUCUGCAGUGCUCCGGACCUCCAGGGUAAGAUUUGAGAAACCCUGUCUUAGAGUAUCAUCAUUGGUAAAAUGCUAAGCCACGCCCAUAGCAACCAAACAGGUUAUCCUAGCAACCGUUUAGCAAUACCCAUAUCUCUGCAUCUGAACAUCAUAGAGACAUGGGGUUGUUUUGUUUCAUUCAUGGCCUGGAGUAUCAUACUAGCAGCAUGCUAAUUAUGCCAGGGGAAAAUCCUAAUCAUGCUAACAACAUAAUAAGCCCGUUUUUUACACACUGGGCUCACAUUAUUUUUUCCAUCAUGUUAGAAAAAGUUUAACAAUAAAAUUCAAACUAUAAAAUUUAAACUAGCUCAAACUCUUCAGGACUGGCUUUGUCAAGCCAACAGAAAGUUUGUACUCGAACUUUAUAAUCUAUUUGCUUUUUGCUUUCUUUUCUUUUUUUCAGCUUGCUUUCUUUUUCUUUUUAAAUCUUAGCAAUAUAUGGGUUUAACACAAGGAUAAGUAGUCGAACCUAGUGAAAAAACAAUAUGCCAAGUAUAUUAAGUUUUGGUAUUAUAAAGUGUACUUACAUUCAGACUAAUGAUCAGUACUUUAAGUAUGUUAAUGAUAAGUUAACUUAAAGAGUGCUAUUUUGGGAAUACAAAUUUUGUACUAAAUAUAUUUAAGUUGAAUUUUAAUUGUGAUAAAUUACAAUUUCAAGUGUAUUUAGUGUACUUUCAUGUGCUAAAGUGGAACAAUUUCAAGUAUGUUUAGCAUAUUUUAAGCAUAUACCUUUAUAUACAAAUCCAUUAUGGGCUUGAUUAGUGAAAUAAAAGUGUUUGCAUUACAAAUGCAAUAUGAGUUUUUUUCAAAUGUGCAGUAAACCAUGGAUAUGUAUAUUUUGAAGUAAUGCUAUACUGUUUGAUUGUAAUAUUUAGAUACUAAAGAUUGCACAAUGUAAUCAAAAA